AUGUCUUCUUCCCGGUUCAGGCCGACUCGUCCUCAUACGCCAACUACCAAAGCCUCAACUCUCAGCAGCCUGCAAAGAGUGUCAGCGUCGGCGGACCAAAUGCAGUUCUGGAAAUCCGUGCUUGGAAUGCACGAAGCAUGGCUCUAUUUGCAUAUU